AUGGCGUUUUCUAUUCAGAUUUUGACUUGGCCCGUAAUCGUAAUCGACGAUUAUGUCUGCGACGCUUCGGUGUACAGUAGCCCGCGCAAAUCAGGCGAAGAAGUCGGCCUUUCGGCCACCAAGGCACAAACCAGCUACAAGACGAAGAAUGCUUUCCUAGUGUGGAGUUUGUUACACGAGCGCAACUCGUCAAUUAGCUUUGCUCCUUUACAAUGCGACGGCUACGGCUAUGGUACGCAGGCUGUGGCAUUAUGUGCGGCGGGUCGCGGCGCCAAGGCCGACCCAUGGGUCGCGGGUCUGGGCUUCCGGCUGCGCCUCUCCGAGGAGGUUUGGGUUGCGUGUGCAUCUAGUGUUGGCCUUCAGCUCCAUAACGCCAACACAGAUCGCGCGGCCGCUCCGGCGCCUCCUCCUGGUGGUGCGCCUCCUCCUGCCGCUAGGGAUGGAGAUCGCGGGCGCGAAGAAAGAGGAGGAGAACCACACGGGGGGCUGGCGGUUCCGGAGCUUCGUAAGCUGCAGGCGCAGCUAGAGCCGCAGCCGGUGGAGAUGCUGUUGGUGACGCCGCUCGUCUGCGAUGACGUGUUGCCGACGGCGCUGAUGCGCCGCCUGGCAAUGGCAUUCGACCCCGCCGGCGCCACGCCGUACUGGCGCCAACACCGGUACGGCAGGCGUAAGACGCCGUUCUUCAGCUACCUGUAUCGGCUGGAUCAGCCGCCCACGUCGGUGGUGGAGGAAGCAAUUCAGGAGCUACACAGGCGACUGCUACUGCCGCUGCUACAGACCGCCAAGUCGGAAGGGCAGCAACAGCUACAGCAGCAACCGGAAUCGGCAUCAUUCCCAGCCCCUUUUGGGGCCCCUACUCCGCCGCCACGGCCCCAUUCCGAGACGGAUUCCGUAUUGGAGUUCCGUACGACGGGCUCGGCGGCGGAGCGGGCGGCGGGGUUCACGGCUUUAGCGGUGGCGCCAACGGCGGUUCCUUCCGCAACGGGGCGGCGACCGCCCGCGGUGGCAGUGGUGGAGUGGUGGGCGCAUCACCGCGACCCGGCAGCGGCGCACCAGCUGCACUUCGACGUCAAUGAAGACGUCCUGAGACGGGGUCUGGACGCGUACCACCUGGUCCACCCCAUGAUCAGCAGCGUGCUUUUCCUGCCGACGGCGCCGCUGCCGCUGCCGGUGGCGGUGACGGCGGCGGCGGCGGCGGCGGGCGCCAAUGUCGCGGAGGCGGCCAAUGUCGCGGAGGUGGCCGUAGCCGCGGCGCUCCGUGGCGAGGAGGCGGCGACCGCGAGAUCUCUAAAAUCGGUGUCUGAUCUACCUUUGCCAUCUUCAUCGCCUCCUCCGCCUCCAAAGCCAUUUUCGUAUUCGGGUCGUGCCUUGCCGGGAUCUGGACCUGGAUUCGGAUUCGGAUUCGGAUCCCGUGGAGAAGGGAAUGAUGGACAGGAGGCACAGGGGCACGUGCGCUCGGACCCCAUCGCAGCCGCUGACCACCCCGCGCCAUCGACGUCGCCGUCACCGUCCCCCGUCGCGCUGCGGGCCUGGGCCAUAGGGCCCCGCCAAAAUCGGUUGCUUCUCUUCCCGGGGAACCUCCUACACGGCGUCGUACCGCAGCCCUUCCCUCCGAAACCAAAACUGCCGCCGCUGCGGCCGUCCUCGUCGCCGCCGAGGGUACAGUGCCCACUGGCGCCGCCGCCGCCAUUGCCGCAGCGGGACGACGCAGCGUCUAGGUCUCCUCUCCCGCCCUUCCCCGACCCUACAAGACAGCGUCAGCAUCCGCCGCCGCCGCCGCCGUCUCGGCCGGCAGUGGUUACCCGGUCGCAACUUGGGACAGCAGCGGCGGCAGCUGUUCCGCCGCCGCCGCGCCGUAUUACAUUGAUGAUGGCAUGGUGCUUUCAGACCGCCCCCAUCACUUCGACCACCAAAGUGGAAAACAACAUUUGCGACAACGUCGGGGUCGACAACUCGGGCAACUGGAGGACCGUGGAUAUGCAGACGCGGGACGACGAGAAGCAGGACGUAACAGUAAAACCGGCAGUAGCGGCAGUAGUGCCCGCCGCCAGCGCCGUAGCCACCGCCCGCGCUAUCGGCGGCAGUAGCGGCGACGGCGCUGCCGGCAGAGCUCUUCCUUCUCCGCCGCCGCGUCCUCCUCGCGAUGACUCCUUGACGGCGCCUGCUGGUCGUCGUACAUCGCAGCCGCAGCUCUCUUGGCGGCACUGGUUCGCUGCCCUGCAGGAUAGAAACCCGGUUUCGGAGCCCUCCUAUAACGCAGACGGCAGCAGCAGCGGCGGCGGCGGUGGCGGUGGUGGCGGCGGGGUCACGCGGCUACGUUGGGCCGUUCCAGAGUGCGUCUCCCCCGCCUGGGUGACAGUGGGGGCUACGCAAACGAGGAAGGAGCAGGAGGCGGAGGAGGAGGAGGAGGCGAGGUGGGAGCUGACGCGACAGGCCCUUCGGGGUAUGGCAAUUGCCCUGGGCGUACUGCCAGAGCCAUUGAUUGCGGAAGUUGUCCAGUGGCGGCAGCAGCAGCAGCAACAGCAACAGCAGCAAGAGCAGAAGGACGGGGCAGAGGGUUUGCAGGAGGGGGAGCACAAGGACGAGGAAGGGAAGGAGGGGGAGGAGGGGGGCGAGGGGGAGGGUGGUGGUAGCCUGCAGGAGCCGUCAGCGGCUCUCCGCCGUGUCAUGGAGGCCCUGCAGCUGCCGGACCUAAGGCUCUUCCUGAGGCACCCUCGGGAGUUGGAGCACCUCUACCUGCCGCCUGCCGCCGGAGUGUAG